CGGCAACCAUAGGUUUAAAAAGUGACACGACACUGGACUUUAUUGUAAUGUGUAAAUAACACGAGCGGUCUAUAUUAAAUUCUGUGUAAUUAUUGGUAUAAAUUUAGAAUAGUUAUGAAGAAUCAAGAUAGUGCUAUGAAGCUGGUGUCUUUUCUUCCUAAAAUUUCUUAUGAAAGACAAACUACUCUUCUAAAGUUACUUAUAUUGUCUAUUGCCGCAGUUCUUUCAUUUGCAACUCGUUUAUUUUCUGUUCUUCGAUUUGAAAGUGUAAUUCAUGAAUUCGAUCCAUAUUUUAAUUAUCGUACAACUCGCUUUCUCACAGAAGAAGGUUUUUAUGAAUUUCACAACUGGUUUGAUGACAGAGCAUGGUAUCCACUUGGAAGAAUUAUUGGUGGAACCAUUUAUCCAGGUUUGAUGGUGACAUCUGCUGCUCUAUAUCACAUAAUGCAUUUUUUUCAUAUCACUAUUGAGAUUCGUAAUGUUUGUGUUUUUCUUGCUCCAUUAUUUUCUUCAUUUACUGUGAUUGUCACUUUUCUUUUAACAAAAGAACUAAAAGAUGCAAGUGCUGGGCUUAUAGCUGCUUCCAUGAUUGCCAUUGUACCUGGUUAUAUUUCUCGAUCUGUGGCUGGUUCAUAUGAUAACGAAGGGAUUGCAAUUUUUUGCAUGCUUUUAACAUAUUAUUUUUGGGUGAAAUCUGUAAAAACUGGAUCUCUGUUUUGGUCUACUUUGUGCUCAUUAGCAUAUUUUUACAUGGUUUCAUCAUGGGGAGGUUAUGUGUUUCUUAUUAACUUGAUACCCAUGCAUGUUUUUGCAUUGAUAAUCACUGGAAGGUUUAGUCACAGAAUUUAUGUUGCUUAUUCAACGGUAUACUGUUUGGGGACUAUUUUGUCAAUGCAAAUUUCUUUUGUUGGGUUCCAACCUGUGCAAACAAGUGAACAUAUGGCGGCGCUUGGUAUAUUUGGUUUAUGUCAAAUACAUGCUUUUGUAGACUAUUUAAGAUACAGACUAAGUCCAGCUCAUUUUGAGGUUCUGUUUAAAUCGUUGGUAAUUAUUGCCGCAAGUCUUGCUGCAUCUGUUGGUGCUAUCUUAACUGUAACUGGCAAAGUAGCUCCAUGGACUGGUCGAUUUUAUUCACUACUUGAUCCUUCAUAUGCCAAAAAUAAUAUUCCAAUUAUUGCCUCAGUAUCUGAACACCAACCUACAACUUGGUCAUCAUUUUAUUUUGAUCUCCAGUUACUAAUGUUUAUGUUUCCAGUUGGUCUUUAUUACUGUUUUGCAAAGCUUACAGAUGCAAACAUUUUUAUUAUAAUUUAUGGUGUUACAAGUAUUUAUUUUUCUGGUGUCAUGGUUCGUCUAAUGUUAGUUUUAGCACCUGUAGCUUGCAUUCUUUCGGGUAUUGGUAUCUCUUCAGUUCUUAUUACUUACAUGAAGAAUUUAGAAAUAUCCUCUACUCAGUUAUCUUCCAAAGUUUCUCAUCGUAAAGCUAAGCAGCAAGAUCCAUCUUACCCUAUUAAAAACGAAGUUGCAACAUUUAUGGUUGCACUUAUGACAUUUUUCCUUGUUACUUAUGUAUUUCAUUGUACAUGGGUUACUUCUGAAGCGUAUUCAUCACCUUCUAUUGUUUUAUCUGCAAAACAAAAUGAUGGAUCUAGGGUCAUUUUUGAUGACUUCAGAGAAGCUUAUUAUUGGUUAAAGCAAAACACUCCAGAGGACUCAAAAGUAAUGUCAUGGUGGGAUUACGGCUACCAGAUUACAGCUAUGGCAAAUCGCACUAUACUUGUUGACAAUAAUACAUGGAAUAAUACACACAUUUCUAGAGUUGGUCAGGCAAUGGCAUCUACUGAAGAUAAGGCAUAUUUGAUAAUGAGAGAGUUAGAUGUGGAUUAUGUUCUUGUGAUAUUUGGUGGUCUUACAGGAUAUGCAUCUGAUGAUAUCAAUAAGUUUUUAUGGAUGGUGAGAAUUGGAGGAAGUACAGACACAGGCAAGCAUAUCAAAGAGCAUGAUUAUUACACUCCAGCUGGUGAGUUUCGUGUUGAUAAAGAAGGAUCGCCAACAUUAUUAAACUGUCUUAUGUACAAGAUGUGUUUUUAUCGUUUCGGAGAAGUUUAUACUGAACAAGGCAAACCUACUGGUUACGAUCGCGUUCGAAAUGCAGAAAUCGGCAACAAGAACUUUGAACUUGAUGUUCUCGAGGAGGCUUUUACAACCGAGCAUUGGUUAGUCAGAAUCUAUAAAGUCAAAGAUCUCGAAAAUAGAGGCUCAUAGCAAAAUUAUUCUUAUAGAAAUUUUUUAUGAAAAUUUAGGGGUAAACAUAAAUUUCAAUUGUUGCAAUUAUUCUAUUGGUUUAGUAAAUCUAUUUUUGUAUCUUGUAAACUAUAGCUUUUAAACAUUAUUUUAUUCACAACGAGAUGCAAAUUUGGUA